AUGUUUACAGGAUUCCUUAGAUAUGAAGAACUUCGUGAUGCUCUACAGACGCUCGUCCAAAUAACACAACGCAUCCACUUUCCACAGUUACUCAAGYGUAUGUCAUCUUCGUCAUCGUCCAUCAAACCUCGGUCGAUAUCUUGUCUUACCCCGUUCAUUGACGCAUCUGGAAUCAUACGCGURGGUGGACGAUUGCGCCAUUCAACCGCACCGGAAGAUUWCAAAUAUCCAGUGCUAAUGCCAAAGUCAAGCGCUUUAACGUUACUAUUGAUCCGAUAUUAUCACAUAAUUGGUAUGCACGCUGGACCUCAGCUKGUGGCAUCCUUGUUGUCUUCUCAAUUCUGGAUUGUGUCAGGUCGAUCAGUUAUUCGUCACGUUAUCUUCAAAUGUGUUACCUGCACACGACAUCGAGCGUCRACUGUCAAAACGUUUAUGGGCGAUCUUCCAUCCUCACGAGUGUGUCCAUCGAGACCCUUCUCGAAUGUCGGUGUAGACUACGCGGGRCCACUUUUGAUCAAGGAAGGCAAACGUCGGAAUGCCCGUUCUACAAAAUGUUAUGUGGCGAUCUUCAUUUGCAUGGCUGURAAAGCGGUGCACAUCGAGGUGGUCUCUGACCUCACAACUUCGGCAUUCCUUGCAUCAUUGCACCGUUUCAUUGCUCGUCGAGGAAUACCUUCAGAGAUAUACUCAGACUGUGGUACCAAUUUCCAAGGUGCYGCAUCUGAAUUACGUCRGUUGUGGUCAGAUCCUGAAGCACAAAACCUUGUCUCAAAUGCUGUGCCGUGUAGGUGGCACUUCAACCCACCGGCUGCUCCCCACUUCGGGGGAUUGUGGGAAGCAGCAGUUAAGUCCAUGAAAAUCCACCUGAAACGAGUAAUUGGCACCCAACUGUUAACAUUUGAGGAGAUGUGCACCAUAACUCAACGAAUAGAAGCCAUACUGAACUCACGACCAAUUACACCCCUUUCGUCAGAUCCGAAUGAUAUACGAGCGUUAACACCAGGUCACUUCCUCAUAGGUGCACCYCUCGYCACGCUGCCUGACCCCGACGUGACGCAGAUUCCGAUAAACCGUCUCAACCGAUGGCAGCUGUUGGAUCAAUUUCACCAAUCGUUAUGGAAACGUUGGUCUUUAGAAUACUUGCGAUCAUUGCAAGUCCGAUCAAAAUKGCAMCACCCGCAACCUAACGUCACRGUUGGUGAUCUUGUACUAGUUCAGUCUCCAAAUUUGCCACCCACAUUCUGGAAAAUGGGACGUGUCGAAGCAGUUCAUCCCGGCGAAGAUGGAGUUGUGAGGGUAGCAACUGUCCGCACCAGUGAUGGCACYCUCAAGCGGCCCGUGGUCAAAUUAGCUCGUCUUCCAAUCAAUUAA